UCGAAGUAUUGGAUUUUAGACAAAGCUGUAGUCUCGUUCAAAUUUGUACGUAACUGUAAGCUUGUUGCUGCUGCUACUUUCAUCGGACAUAUUUGGCUUCAAUUAUUCAUAUCCUUAAUAUUUUACAUUGUCUUUCACAUAGAAUAAAUUCACAGUCAUCUCAAUUUUUGGCGAGUAGCAGUCAUAUUACUCUUCGGCAAUCAGACUCAAUGUGUAGCAGUAGAAUUGUAGUCCCUGGUGACAUUAUAUCCCCCUUAGAUGUCACUAAAAAAAGUGGGCCAUCAACAUACUGUUGCUCAGGAAAUAUAUUGUCAAGUGCCUUUGGAUAUGUCAAAGAAGAAUCACAUGCGGACGGAUCAAAAACAUUUUCGGUUUCACCGUUAAAAGCUGCUGGCGUAGUUCCUUAUACUGGUUCAAUUGUUUUGGCCAAAGUUUCUAGUAUUACACGACGAUUUAUUCGCUGUGAUAUCGUCUCAAUUGGAGAAGCUUACCUUGCCGGACCAUUCAAAGGUCUCAUUAGACGUGAGGAUAUUCGUGCCACACAGCGCGAUCAAGCGGAACCGGGCUGCUGCUUUAGACCAGGAGAUAUUGUACGAGCUCGUGUUAUCAAUCUCUUGGGUCCUGGAGCGUGUACAAACAGUGCUUCAUUUAUGUCUAGCACUUCAUCACAGACACUAUCCACUUUGUUAACUACACAGGCUAUAUCUUGUUCAGUGGCGGCCACCAACGAUGCAAAUAUAAGUGGUUCCAACUCCAUUUGUCUUCUAUCUACUGCAGAGCCUGAUUUAGGCGUAGUUCUUGGUCUUGGAAGGUCUCCUGAAAACAGCUUCCUCGAACUUUUUGGCAGCACAAGCGGUUCUCCCCUUGUUCCUGUUGGAUGGACGGAAAUGCUAUGUCCUCAUACACUUACUCGGUACCCUCGAAAAGUUGCCCGUGUGCCAGAUGAACUUAUUACUCAGUUGAUUUGUGCUCAGCUCGAAUAAAUUGUUGUAUAUAGAAUUUGUUCUGCCUACAUGAAUAAUUUUGCUUGGUAGUUUUUAAAUUAUAUGGUUAUAUUACAGCUCUAAAAC